CACGUAUUAUGAAAGUGUUAAUUUAUUAUUUCUUAUCGAUAUAAUAAUUCAAAAAAUAUUAAGAAAAAUAAGGACUAAAAGUGAAAUUCCAUAUUCUAGACAUUAUUUAAUUUGAACAUUGAAAUGACAUGAUAAUUGAAAUAAUUGAAUAGAGUUUGCAAAAUUAGAAUAGAGGAUCAGUAAAUAGAAAUAGAACAUCAGUAGUAUGGAUGUACUGGAGAUAUAGUAUAAAUGCUUAAUUAAGAAAUGCAGAAAAAAAAUAUAUUUUUAAUUAAAAAUAGUCUAAUAUUAAAAGAUUUCAUGAAGCCAACUUAUGCUAAUUAAAAUGGUGUGGUAAGUGUAUUGAGUAGUAAUUCAACAUAGAGUAGUCCAAUAAGUAUUAGUGAAUUGAAUGAUUCAAUUGAAUACUAUAUAGACUAAAAGGACUAUAAGACAGAAGUUGAGAUAGUGAGGUAUUUGAAUAGUUUGGGAGUACGAACAAAAACUGAUCCUCUGAUAAAAGAACAUAAAUAUUGGAAAGAAAGAAAAGAGAAGAGUUAGAUUUUAUUAGAGAGUAUGAUGAACUCUUCUUCUGAAAGAUUAGUGUUAAAUCCAAGUGUAAAUAGAUUGAUGAGAAAGAGUAUACCUCUAAUUUCUAGGAAUUCAAAUAGUCCCUAUUUCUUACUGGAUUAAUUAUGAUUCUCCUUUUUAUCAAAUCACAAAUAUCUAUCUCAAAAUAACUGAAUUCAAU